AUGCCUCGUCUGAAGCCUUUUCGUGCGUGCAGACUGCUGUUCUACAUAUGGCUUCUCACGGUUGCUUUCUGGUCGCUGCUGCCUUCAUCGAAGAUACCAUAUGCCCAGGAGCAACUACACAUUGAGAAAACGCUCAAGGCAGGCCUUCCAUUGACAAUCGUCGACGGCUAUCCGAUGACGUACGGCCAAGAUGAAGGAGUCGCUCACAUCAUCUAUGAGUUUGGACUUUUCCAGGACCCCACGCCACAGAACGGAGUGGAGCUGCUACUAAAGAACGAACCAAUCAACUUGACAGGCCUAAUGAAAAGGUCGGAAGCAUACCACUUCUCGAAGAUCAAAAACGAUGCUGUUCGAACACCCUUCUUCGACACGACACGAUUUGGGCUCGCAAUCUCCUCGGUCGAUGACCAUGUAGACUGCGUGGUGUGCCUUCCAUGGUUCGACCGGAGCGACAAGGCACUGCUCACACAGCAGAUGCAAGACUAUAGAGAAACUAUCGAAGUCCGCCUGACUGUGGAUGAGCGCGGUGUGGUGGAGGUCUGGCCGAGCUCAAUCGUUGAGCAAACUCUUGCAGAGCUGGAAAAGGUUCGGCAGAAGCCAGAAGCUGCAGAUUAUGAGGAGGGCCAAUUACUUGAAGAAGCAUUGCAAUAUUUGCGGGCAUCCGGCCAUCCUAUCAUCCAGCUAGAAGGCGGAGACAUGACGAAGCUGGAAGAAAUCUCCGUGCCCUACGUACGAGGCAACCUACCUUCGAAAACCUACCACAUCCGGAAGGCAAUGAAACGCAACAAAUCCUGCAAAUAUGCCAAGCGACGCGGCCUCCCGGCACUCCAAAUUACUGGCAAGAUGUUGAUUAUCGAGUACCGUCUCACCCGAGAUACACAAGAUACAAUGCGUCCCUUCGAGCGAGCUUGGCUCGCUGCUGUAUCGACUGCGGGCACCAAACGAGGAGCGCCUUGCCCGCUCGAAUCCGAGCCAAAGCGACGGCGGACAAGCACACACGUGAGCGGGCCUGCGCACGCAGAGGAAAUGGAACUGGACGAAAGUAAUCUGCAACAGAGCGAUACUGCGGAAGAGCAAGUCAUGGAAAUGGACCAAGCCUCUUGA